UAUUGUUCAGGAAAUAGCUAGCCAGCUAGGUUGGCUAACGUUAGCUUUGUCGUUAGGUUGAAUAACGUUAGCUCUUUCGUUGCGUUGGCUAACACGUUUGCUAGUAACGAUAGCAUAUUGGUCAUCACCCAACGUUUGCCAGAUGUUCCAUUACAGUGGCUAGCUGUGGUUGCGGUAACGCUGCGAUAGGUUACCUAACGUUGCGAUAGCUCGGCUUACCAGGAGUUUUGGCCUUGUUAUUUGAAAGUAAAAGAAAAAGUAAUGGUGGAGCGGUGUAACGACUCCAUCCUGGCAGCUGUCUUGUAGCUUAUUUUGGCGCAGUCUGUCAGGCUUCAAAUAAAUUAACCCAAAGACAUUUGACAGUGUUAAAUUCUUUUGACUUCGUAGACGUUGCCAUUAAAUGUAACUUUACUGGAUAAUUUAAGCUAACAGUAGCCUAUUUUGACACUGACUUUGUUGGGUUACUAUGAGCUCCCUAUCAGCCGAGCCUCCGGCAUCAAGCUCAUCAUGCGGGUCACUACACGGAGAGGGAAAUCAGGUACAACCAAAAGCCCCUCUCCUGCAGAUUCUGCGUGUUGCCGGAGCCCAGGAAGAAGUCUUUACACUCAAAGAGGUGAUGCAUUACUUGGGUCAAUACAUCAUGGGAAAGCAGUUGUAUGACAAACAGAGGCAGCACAUUGUUCACUGCCAGGAUGACCCUUUGGGAGAGCUACUGGAGGUGGAGAGCUUCUCUGUCAAAAACCCAAGCCCGGUGUAUGAAAUGCUCAAGAAAUACUUAGUUGUGCUUGGUUGUUCUGACGCUGCAGAGAAUCUUUCUAUGGGCCGUGAAUGUGUAGAUGGCGGAGUGGAGGAUCGUGGUCAGAUGUGUGGAGGUGUGGUCAAAGCAGGGCUGGAGGCUGUCAGUGGUGGGCCUCUCCUGCAGACCCCCUCCCAGAGACGACCUCGGGAGCCAGACGAUGACUCCCUCGAAGGCCUCCCACGAUCAGCCUGUAAGCGGCCCAAACUGGAUGUUACUCUGGAUGAGUGGGACCUAUCUGGUCUGCCCUGGUGGUUUCUGGGUAACCUCCGGAGUAACUACAGUCGCAGGAGCAAUGGCUCCACUGACAUUCACACAAACCAACUGUCUCCUGCACAGGAGGAGGACACAGCUAUUGUGUCAGACACCACUGAUGACCUCUGGUUCUUGACUGAGGGAGAGAGUGAACAGGUCAGCGUGGAGAUGAAAGAGGCUGCACUGGAGGAAGGGAGCGGAGGAGAAGGGGAGGCUCCACCAGAGGAUGAUGAUGGAGGAGGGAAACAGGAGAAAGCAGAUCGAGAGAUGCAGGAGGAGCCAGAUGAAGACUCACAGUGUCUGAGCGAUGACACUGAUACAGAGAUCUCCACACAGGAUGCGUGGCAGUGCACAGAGUGCAAGAAAUACAACACGCCUCUCCAGAGGUACUGUGUUCGCUGCUGGGCUUUACGAAAGAACUGGUACAAAGAUGUCCCCCGACUCGCCCAUUCCCUUUCUGUUCCUGACAUCCCAGCAUGCAGCUCUCUCACGACACAUGAUGAGGAAGACGACAGUGACACAGGCAUUGAUGUUCCAGACUGUAGCAGGACAGUGUCUGACCCUGUCAUCCUGCCAUCCCACUCCACGGCUGAUCGACCCCUACCUGCUAUGGUUACAGGGAGAGGCAAGCAGCCUUGGCCCUCCAGCUUCCACAAGGAUGAGCAGCUCUCUGAAGGGGAUAGUCAGGAAAAUCUGGGCAUGGAGGUUGAAGAAGUUAGGCCUGAGGCACUGUUGGAGCCUUGCAAGCUCUGUCGAGUGCGACCACGCAAUGGAAAUAUAAUACACGGACGUACUGCUCACCUGCUAACCUGUUUCCCAUGUGCAAGGAGGCUACACAAGUUUCAGGCUCCCUGUCCGGGAUGUGGGAAGAUCAUUCAAAAAGUUAUUAAGAUAUUCAUCCUCUAAAAAGCACAUGCACAAACAUCUGGCAGGCGCACACACGCACAUCUUCAGACACAGUUAACCAUACAGCUGGAUGCACUCUGGUACACACACACACACUGCUUGUAGACAUGCACAUAAAGGACGUGCACCUUACCCUUAAAAAUACACAGGUAUACACACAGUAUAGCACUUGGUAAAGCUUCCUUUUGGUUGCAUGGUUUAUUGUGCAUCACACUGCCUCUGAAGUAUUUUGAUGAAACACAAGAGUUUGUCAUGCCAAAUGUUUGGUGCCACUUUUAAAUAAGGGACACACAUGGGCAGGAAUAUUUAUUUAUUUAUUAGAAGAUCACAUAAGAGUGCGGUUUGUGUGAACUCUUUGAUUUAAUGAAGGCUUGUGUUUUUCAGGUUAUGUGAAUUUUCAUAUUGGGUUUUACAUUACAUUUGUUGAAUGUGCCAUUUUAGAACUAGUAUUGCUUGCCUUUGUCGUGUUCGAUUUUGACUCCAUAGAUUCACCUCAUUCAACCCGACAAACAUGGAACAGUGCAGGCUUUGUGUUUCAUAGAUUUGAGUUAUGAAGACAAAUUCAAGGAAAAUCGGAAAGGAGUCUUAAAUAUGUGACUUUGUCAGCUGCUGCAGCUCCAUCAAAGUAUCCUUGUAAGCUUCCCUUUUUUAAAAAAAAAAAAAAAAAAUGUUCUCAAUAUAAGUGAAUGUACUGUACAAUACAAGUGUGGUGGCUUAAGUCCUGUUUCUCUCAACAUAGUGUUUUAUAAUGUGGAAUUGAAUUUAACCUGCUUGAGAAUGCACAGCUUAAAUAUUUACUGUAAUUUUCUCUCGGGGCAGUAAUUUGCUAUUAUAUGUAUUCAAUAUUUACAGUUGCCAAGCCCCCAACAGCUACGCCUGCAGUAACUUAUGUCAUAUAAUUGCUGGUUCAAGUUUAAAUAUUAUCAUUCAGAAAGGGUACUUUACGCCCCUUCUUGAACUUAUGAAAUUUGAAACAAUUUCUGUAUAUCUUGUAUUUAAUUUAUUUAUGAUUCUGUUUUAAUUGUUUAUAUGACCACCUCUAACAAAGCAGGCAACACUGCAGUUGUUAUGUAGUUCUAAUGUGUAAUUUUUUUUUUCUUCUGAAAGUUUAGCAGAAUGUCUUUAAGGAAACAGGCUAAGUUACCAAAUGUACCCUCAGUGAAAAUGACUGCAUAGUACUUAGGGGUUGAGGGGUUUGAUUUCAGCGUUACACUGCCAUGUAAUGACAUUGAACUAAUUUUUAUAUCAUUGAUUGUAUUUUGAUGGUUCUGUAUUAUUUGACUUUAUUGCUGCAGCACAUAGAUACUAGUUAGUUUUAGUGACUGUGUGAGCAUUGAGUGUCUACAGGGUGCUCUUCAUUGCUCACAAGUAAGAUGUCCAGUGACAGUAAGCAUUUAACGCUUGACUCUGCUUUGUGUAGAGGAACCUUGUUUCUUUUUGCUGCUCUUUACUUGCGCUUAAUCUUACUGCCAGCAGGUGGGGAGAAGUCUCAAUAUUUUAUCUGAUACCCACAGAUGCUGAACAGUAACGGCAAUAACAUGUAGUACAUAUAUAGAGCAUGCCUCCUGUCGUGAAUGGGGCCAGCACUGAACUGGUGUCAAAGUUAUAUUAACUAUAUAAAAGCUAUAAACUAUUAAUGUAGCCUGUUGUGUUUAUCACUAUAUUUGUGAAUAAGGAGGCACAAACUUCCCCCAAAAACAAACCUCAUAAAAGUGGCGCAGAACUUACUGUACCAUUAGUACAGGUCCAGAGUGACAGACUCAGCUGUUGCAAUUAUUGACAUCAAGACUAAUGUACUCAAACAUGGUACAGCUAAUAUACUUGUUUUUUCCCUACUUAUAGAAUAAUAAAAAGUUCUUUCAUAAAG